AUGCGGCCGGGGCCGGGAGGCUGCUGCUGCCGCCGUGCGCCGCGGGCGAACGGCUGCGUGGCGAACGGGGAGGUGCGGAACGGGUACGUGAGGAGCGGCGCCGCUGCCAGCCAGAUCCAUCAUGUUACACAAAAUGGAGGAUUGUAUAAAAGACCAUUUAAUGAAGCUUUUGAAGAAACUCCUAUGCUGGUUGCUGUGCUCACAUAUGUGGGAUAUGGUGUACUCACCCUCUUUGGAUAUCUUCGUGAUUUCUUAAGGCAUUGGAGAAUUGAGAAGUGUCACCAUGCAACAGAAAGAGAAGAACAAAAGGACUUUGUGUCAUUGUAUCAAGAUUUUGAAAACUUCUAUACAAGGAACCUCUACAUGAGGAUAAGAGACAACUGGAAUCGGCCGAUCUGCAGUGUGCCUGGGGCCAGGGUGGACAUCAUGGAGAGGGAGUCGCAUGAUUACAACUGGUCGUUCAGGUAUACAGGGAAUAUUAUUAAAGAUGUUAUAAACAUGGGUUCCUACAACUAUCUUGGAUUUGCACGGAACACUGGAUCGUGUCAGGAAGCAGCUGCCAAAGUGCUGGAGGAGUAUGGAGUGGGAGUAUGCAGCACGCGGCAGGAGAUUGGAAACCUGGACAAGCAUGAAGAACUAGAGAAGCUUGUAGCAAGGUUCUUGGGAGUGGAAGCUGCUAUGGCAUAUGGCAUGGGCUUUGCAACGAAUUCAAUGAAUAUUCCUGCUCUUGUUGGCAAAGGUUGCCUGAUUCUAAGUGAUGAGCUGAACCACGCAUCACUGGUUCUUGGAGCCAGACUGUCGGGCGCGACCAUUCGGAUCUUCAAACACAACAACAUGCAAAGCCUAGAGAAGCUGUUGAAAGAUGCCAUUGUCUAUGGUCAGCCCCGGACACGAAGGCCCUGGAAGAAAAUUCUGAUCCUUGUAGAAGGAAUAUAUAGCAUGGAAGGCUCUAUUGUUCGCCUUCCUGAAGUGAUUGCCCUCAAGAAGAAAUACAAGGCGUACUUGUACCUGGAUGAAGCCCACAGCAUUGGGGCCUUGGGCCCCACUGGUCGAGGCGUGGUGGAAUACUUUGGCCUGGACCCUGAGGAUGUAGACGUUAUGAUGGGCACGUUCACAAAGAGCUUUGGUGCUGCUGGAGGAUACAUCGGAGGCAAGAAGGAGCUGAUCGACUACCUGCGAACCCACUCUCACAGUGCAGUGUACGCCACGUCACUAUCACCCCCUGUCGUAGAGCAGAUCAUCACCUCCAUGAAGUGCAUCAUGGGGCAGGAUGGCACCAACCUCGGCCGAGAAUGUGUGCAGCAGUUGGCUGAGAACACCCAGUACUUUCGGAGACGCCUCAAGGAGAUGGGCUUCAUCAUCUACGGCAACGAGGACUCGCCCGUGGUGCCGCUGAUGCUCUACAUGCCUGCCAAGAUCGGCGCCUUUGGGCGGGAGAUGCUGAAGCGGAACAUUGGUGUUGUCGUCGUUGGAUUUCCUGCAACCCCAAUUAUUGAGUCCAGAGCCCGGUUCUGCCUGUCAGCAGCUCAUACCAAAGAAAUCCUUGACACCGCUCUAAAAGAGAUAGACGAAGUGGGGGACCUUUUGCAGCUCAAGUACUCCCGUCGGCGGCUGGUGCCUCUGCUGGACAGGCCCUUUGAUGAGACCACAUACGAAGAGACAGAAGACUGAGCCUUUCUGGUGCUCCUGUAGAGGAACUCACCCCCCUACCACCACCACCACCCCAGGACAGGCUGUGGCCUUCUGAGCCCAUUCCAGGAACCACAUGCGCGUGGCCAUCUCAUGGGAAAGACACAUCCUCGACUACUGAAGGUGGCCACCUCCGCUCAAAAUGGCAUUUUGUAAAUAGUAAAAAACUGCUUCACAUGCUAAAUCUCACCUUGACAGACGAAGGUGACUCACUUUGCUUUCUUUGUCCAUUAAAAAAUGUUUUAUUUUAUAGCUAUUCUACUUGUGAAAUCACACUGACCCUAGCCUGUCUCUGGCUGCCCACACAGGCCACACCCUCUUCCAGCCUCCUUGCAGAUGUGGGCCCAUCAGGCCCUGCCACUGGCCCUGGCUACACAGCCUUGAGACUCGCUGGCCUCCUCCCUCGGGAGCAAGUGCCUUCCACCUACUUCCAUCCAGGCCUCUGGGGGCCUAUUAACCAGCCAAGUCAUCAGCCAGGGUAUUUGCCCUUGAAUCUUAAGUUUAGGUUUUCAAGGAAAACUGUAAACAACAGCACUGCAGAAAGGCUCAUUUGCAAGUCCCUGGCCAAGGGCCUCCCAAGACUUUGGUCUCACCUCCAUUCUGUUCUGGUCACUGGGUGAUUUCUUCCUUCACCAUCCAGUAUUUCUUCAGAAUUGCCACAGUCCCAGGGCAUGUCCACAUUCUGGGAUCUUUCUAGACUCUACCCCGAACACAUCCCAAUCCCGUUUGAAACACGUGUUUUUUGUUUGUUUUUGUUUGUGUGUGUGUGUGUGAGAAAGCAGGAUUUAUUGAGAGGAAAA